UGUUUACAACGCACUUUAUCGCAGAUGCAACUGGUUCGCUAUUUCAAUUUAUUGUGAAAUUCACAAAUUUCGACGAAAUACCAAAUAAACUCAGACCAACAAAGUGUUCAUAAAAAAUCCAAGCUGUCGAUUAGGAAAAAACACUUACAAUGUCAACGCUACAGCGGCUCAACAUUCGUGGCAUUCGAAAUUUCGGUGUCGAUGCUGAAGAUGAACAGAGAAUAACGUUCACCGCUCCAUUGUCGCUAAUUUUGGGCCAAAAUGGUAGCGGUAAAACCACAAUUAUCGAAUGCAUCAAGUAUGCGCUGACCGGAGAGUUGCCGCCCAAUUGUAAAAAUGGCAUCGGGUUCAUCAACAAUCCAGAAAUUCAGAAUAACAGCGAAUCUAUGGGACAGGUCAAGUUGCGUAUCAAAAAUUUGCAAGGUGCAGAAACAACAAUUUCUCGUUCGGCCAAAGUGAUGAAGAAAGGACAAAAGGUACAAUUCAAAUCGCUCGAUGCAACAAUUACGUUGAGCGAAAAUGGGCGAGAGAUUUCGGUUAGCAAGAGGAAUGCCGACGCAACGGAUGAAAUGACGUGCGCCAUUGGAGUAUCGAAAGCCAUCAUCAAUCACGUUCUAUUUUGUCAUCAAGAAGAAGCAAGUUGGCCUCUGGGCACUGAUCAAGAAGUGAUGAGCAAAUUCGAUCAGAUUUUCGGCACCACCGAAUACAAUAAUGCUUUGGAUAAGAUGCGCGCAAUACGCAAGAAAUAUGAAGCCACGAUCAAAGACAAAAAGGUUAAUUUGAAGGAGAAGGAGAUGAUCAAAUUGGAAGCCGAUAAAAUGAACAUGGAAAUUAAUAAACAUGAAGAUGAAAUGCAAGAGAUGAAGGUCAAGCUUGAUCGAUGCAACAAUGAUUUGAAACCGAUGUACGACGAAUACAAUCGAAUCCAUGAGAUUGGCGAACGCUUAUCGACGAUUACAGCCACUAAAACAAAAGUUGAAACCGAAUAUAAAAAUGAGCAGGAAAAUGCACGAAAAUUGUCGACGCAGAUAAAAAAUGUGUUCGACGGCAAUGAAACUGAAUUGGAUGAAGAGAUUCGUAUGUUCAAAGCGCGACAAUUGCAGAAACAAAAUGACUUGGCUCAAGAUGAAAAUAUAUUGGGAACGGUUAAAUAUGAGCUCGAUCAAAUUGCAAAGCGUUACGAUGACAAUGACCGAAAAUAUCAUUUAUUGAUUCAAGAUCGUGGUCGUGAACAAGAUUUAUACGAUGAAAAGUGUGAGUUUAUUCGAAAUUUGUGUGCCGAUUUGAAUAUCAAUACGGAGUUUGAUAUCAGAAAUGAUAACGCCCGUGCAGCGGCCCUGGUCGCACAAAUCCGAACGUCAUUAAAUGAAGAACAGAGUCGCGUCAAAGAAAUAUCCAAGCAGAAUGAUAAAAUCGAUGCCGAGCAAGAGGUAGAAAUUCGCGGACAUCGUGAACAAGAAGUUCGUAUCAAAAGUGAAAUUACAUCGACCAUCAAACAAUUGAAGGAGUUGGAACAAACUGUCAACAAACAAAAAGAAGAUAUUCGAAAAAGCGAAAGCAAUGCUAAAUUUUUGGUUGAUCUUCAAUCGAAACUUGAGAGAAUGCAAGCCAUUCACAGCCAAAUGUUACAAGAUAAAAAUACACAAAAUACCCAAAAUGAUAUUGAUAAAUUUCGCGUUGACAAGCGUAAACUUUCCGAUGAAUUGGAAGAGAUUGACGAACAAAUUACGGUGCUCAGUUCGAUGGCAAACAUUUUGGCCGAGGUGACCACAAAGGAGAAACAUGUUGAAAAACGAGAAUUGGAAGUGCGUCGCAUUAAAAAUAAGCAUUUUCAAAAUUUGCAACGUCUCUUUCCGGACGAAACAAUCGAAACCAAUUUCAAACGAUCCAUCGAAAGUCUUGGCAAAAAAUUGCUAAUGGAGGUGAAUAGACUUGAGGCUGAAGUCCGUUUAAAAGAGAAUCACGUGCACAACUAUAAGGCUCAAUUGCAAAGCAAGAAAAAGGACCAAACUAAUAUGGAAGGUGAAUUACGGAAAUUGGAAAACGAUAUCGAUCGCGUGUGUGAGCAGACGCCAUUCGUUGAGAUUUUGGCCAUGACCAAAGAAAGUGUCGCCAAAUACCAAAUGGAACUCAGUUCGUACAAGUCAUCCGAGGUGUUCUACAAGAAGUAUAUAAAGAACAUGCAAGAUCAACCAUGCUGUCCGCUUUGUCACAAAGAUCUUAAUCGCGGUGAAGUGGGCGAUUUAACGGAUGAAUUGAACGAUAAAAUUGAAAAUUUACCAACUGAUAUCACGGUUUGCGAACAAGCAUUGAAUGCUCAAAGUUCAAAGUUGGAAAAACUAUAUGCGAUUCAAGGCAGUGUUGAGCGGGUAGAAAAUCUGAAAAUGACAUUGAUGCCGAAGGUAAUCGAAGAGAUUAAAGAUCUUGAAGCAAAAUUAACAGGUGCACAAGAAAAAAUCCGACAAUCACAACAUUUAGUCGAGGAACCGCGUCAAAAGAAAACCACUGUUGAUACAAUGAUCGGUGAUAUGACCAUUUUGGAUGAUGCUAUUCGUGAUAUUGAACAGACUCGUAUCGAUUUGGAACCAAUGAAACAAGAACUAACCGCAACAAGCGGUCAAAGUGAUAACAAUAUGGAGAAUUUACAGAAGAAACGAAAGGAACUUUCCGAUCGCAUCAAAUCAUUGGAAAAGGACAUCGAAAUGAAAGAGAAACGACAUCAAGACGAUGCAAAAAAAUUGAUUCAAUUCCAAGAGAAAGUGAUGUUGAUGAAACAACAAGAAAUGAACCUCAAAAGUGAUAUUCAACAGAGCGAAACAUUGAAGCAACGUGAAAAAGAGCUCACCGAACAAAUCAAUAAAUUGAAGGAAAAACAGGCGGCCAGUGAUCAAGCAUUGAUUCCGAUCCAAGGAAAAAUUAAAUUUGCCGAAGAUAAUCGAUGCCGCACCAGAGCCAAUGGCGCUGAACAAUAUAAUGCGGCUGUGAAGCGAUUUGAAGGUUUGAAAAAGAAUUUCGACUCCAUCGAACGGGUGUCUCGAGAACUCGAAAAAUUGGCCACUUUGGACUUGGAAAAGGAGAUCGAACGAUAUAGUGCUGAUUUGGCAAAAAUGCGAAAAGAACAAACGGCCAAGAACAAUGAAAUCGAAACGAUUCGCGAGAAAAUCAAAUCACUUACAAAAGAAAUUGCCGAACAAAAGAAUAAUGAGCGUGAGCUCAACGAUAAUCUGGCAUUGAAGAAGCAUCAAAAGAAAAUCGAAGAGAAGAAAAAAGAAUUGGAGACAUUGCAAAAGCACGAGCAAGAAGUGGAUUUUCAGCAGAUAUUCGGUAAUAAGGCGAAAUUGGCGCGUGAUAUUGAAAAAAUUAAAUUGGACAGCACGCGAACGGAGGGACAAAUGAAAGAAAAAGAAGUGGUCAUCAACAAUUUACGAGAACAAACGAAUCAACCAAAAUAUCGCGAUUCUGUGCGCAACUAUAAAAUGUCGUGCUAUGAAAGUGUUGUGCUCACCAAGACCGUCGAAGAUUUGAACACGUAUUGCGAAACAUUGGAACGUGCACUCACCAAAUUUCACAGCGACAAAAUGGAGAAAAUCAACAGUUUGAUUCGUGAUCUGUGGCGUAACAUCUACAAAGGCAACGACAUUGAUUUCAUACAAAUCAAUACAGAAGAAGUGAAGGGCACAUCGAGACGACGAUCGUACACAUAUCGAGUUGUCGCAUCGAAGAAUGAUACACUCAUGGAUUUUCGUGGUCAAAGCAGUGCCGGUCAACGUGUUCUUGCCUGUCUUAUAAUACGCAUUGCAUUGGCUGAAACAUUUAGCGGUCAUUGUGGUGUAUUGGCGCUUGAUGAGCCGACCACAAAUUUGGACAAAAUCAACAUUGAAUCACUUUGUGAAGCUCUUAAUCGGAUUGUCGAAGAGCGUGAAGGUCAACGCAAUUUUAUGCUGAUUGUUAUCACUCACGAUGAAGAUUUCAUCAAUUCAUUGGGCCGUGUUAUGAGCUAUACACGAGUUGGUCGAGAUGAAAAUGGAAAAUCGCGCUUACAAAAAUUACGCGUUCAAUAAAAUUGAACGUUAAACACAAAAUCCAAUUUGUUACAACCUUUUUUUCAUUAAACAAUAAACAACAAUAAUAAUCAUUUUAUUU